AUGACUAAAUUGAUAUUGGAACCCGGUAGAUUAAAUAUCGAGUUUCCUAAUGCAUCAGUCUCAAAGGUCUAUCGAGUUCGUAUAAUUGGUCAGGUAAUUACAUAUAUACCUGAUGAAUCAAGUUUAAUUCUUGGAUCAGUACCAACAAUAUCAUCUGAAGCGACUCAAGAAGAGACAUUGAAAAUAAAUAUAUUUAAUCAAUUGGCAAAUCUAUCGGGCAACGUUCUUAGAAAAGGAGCCAUUGUCAGUGUUGAAGGGUUUUAUGAUGGAAAUGAUGUUAGUGUGGUUGAUAUUUAUGAAAUCAAUGGAAUGAAUCUUUCACAUGAGAAUAUGAAAAUGUUGCAAAGUUUAAAUCACUUGGAAAGUUUGAAUAAAUAG